AUGUCGAACAGCAUCGACAACCCAAGUCACGACAUUGUUGUCGACCAGACUCCUGCUGCUCGACCGCAAAUGGCCGCCAACUUCUCCGAUAUCUCCACCAAGACGGACAAGCAUGACGGCGAUUCGUCGCUCUCAAAGAUCGAGUCCAAGACUACUGCUACCGACUACGGCUCGGCCCACCCGCCCAUUUCCGAUGCCGCUCUCCAGCAAGUCCGUUUGCGCCGUGCAUUGGGCGAGCGCACCAUCCAGAUGAUCGCUCUUGCAGGCACCAUCGGCACUGGUCUCUUUCUCGGUUCAGGCAGGGCACUCGCAAAGGCCGGUCCUCUUUCCAUCCUCAUCUCGUACUCGAUCGUCGGCGCCAUCGUAUACCUCACCAUGAUCGCCCUGGGUGAGAUGUCGACCCUCAUUCCAGCUUCGGGUGCCUUCGGUGUCUUCAGCACCCGAUUCGUCGACCCGGCAUUCGGCUUCUCGGUCAAUCUCAACUACGCCAUCAACGAUGCCGUCAGCGUGGCUGGCGACUUGACCGCUUGCCAGAUUCUCCUUCAGUUCUGGGUCUCGAACGAUGUCUUCCCCGGCUGGGCUCUCUCGCUCAUCUUCCUCACUUUCCUCAUCUCGGUCAACGUCAUCUCGGUUCGUGGCUACGCCGAGCUCGAGUAUCUCCUCUCGCUCCUCAAGAUCUGCACCAUCAUUAUCUUCAUCAUCUGCGGUAUCAUCGUUAACGCUGGUGUCAACGACACCAACUCGUACCUCGGUUUCAAGUACUGGACCAUCGGUGACGCUCCCUUCGUCAACGGCUUCCCCGGCUGGGUCUCGUCCUUUGUCACCGCUGCAUUCGCCUUUGGCGGUGUCGAGUCGCUCACCGUCACCGCUGGAGAGACGCGCAAUCCCGCCAAGACCAUCCCCAAGACCAUUCGCAAUGUCUUCUGGCGUAUCAUCAUCUUUUAUGUCCUCGCCCUCUUCAUCAUCGGUAUCGACAUCCCCUACAACACCCCUGGUCUCAAGACCAAGAAUGCCGCCACUUCGCCUUUCACGCUUGUUUUCCAGCAGCUCGGCUCGAACGUGGCCGCUAGCUUUAUGAAUGCCGUCGUCAUGACUUCAGCUCUCUCCGCAGGUAACCACGCUCUCUACGCAGGAACUCGUGUGCUCUACGGUAUGGCUGUCAAUGGUCAGGCGCCCAAGAUCUUCGCCACCGUGUCCAAGAGCAGCCGUGUUCCGUGGGUCGCCCUCGCCUGCAUUGCCAGCGUUUCUGGUCUCUGCUUCGGCUCCAGCUAUAUCGGCGCCGGUGACCUCUGGAACUGGCUCCAGAACCUCGUCGGUGUCAGCAAUCAGGUCGCCUGGGCCUCCAUUGGCUUCUCCUCAAUUCGCUUCCACAAGGCCAUCAAGAAGCAAGGCAAGGAGUCGCUGCUCGUCUACAAGAACUGGACCCAGCCUUGGGGCCCCUACGUCGUCGUCAUUGGCUCUGUGCUCAUGAUCCUCGUCCAGGGCUGGACCGCCUUCACGCCCUUCAGCGUCUCCGACUUCUUCUCGUACUAUAUCGAGAUCGGAUUCUUCGCAGUCGCCUAUCUCGGAUGGAAGCUGUGGAACAAGACCAAGAUGGUGCCCAUCGAGGAGAUGGAUCUCUACACCGACACGUUGCAGUACGAGAAGGACCUCAGGAGGAAGCGCCGCGACCUCAUCAAGGAGGGCGCUGGCGACAAGCUGCCCGUGCUGCUCGAAGACGAAGAAGAGCAGGAGGAGGAAGAACGAGAGGAGGCGCACCAGGAGGAGGUGCAAGUCGACAAGAAGCAAAAGUACAAGGCCAUCGCUGGCAGGGCUUCUCAGUACCUCUGCUUCUAA